CUAGUCUCUUGGUCUUACUGUCGAUACUUAAAUUCCCAGCAACCACCGCAGAAACAAACAGACACACGUCAACUAGUCCUAGUCCACUGAGAGAAAACAUAGGGAGAGGGAGAGAACUUUCAACUUUGUUUCAAUGGCGUCCAAGAACCCUAGUGACCCAGAGAAGGCGCCAAAAGGCACUAACGGCGCCGGCGACCAUUACCCACAUCACGAUUUUCCAGAAUCGGACGGUCACGAGCCAUGCAAAAUAGAGGAGGUGGCGCUGGUGGUGCCGGAGACCGACGACCCGACGAUGCCGGUGAUGACAUUCAGGGCAUGGUUCUUGGGGAUAACUUCCUGUACUAUCCUAAUCUUCCUCAACACCUUCUUCACCUACCGCACGCAGCCGCUGGCGAUCUCGGCCAUUCUCAUGCAGAUUACUACUCUGCCCAUCGGGAAGUUCAUGGCCUCCGCUCUCCCCCGCCGCGAGCACAGCCUCCUUGGGUGGCGGUUCAGCCUCAACCCCGGGCCCUUCAACAUAAAGGAGCAUGUUAUUAUUACCAUUUUUGCGAAUUGUGGGAUUUCUUACGGUGGGGGUGAUGCCUACUCGAUUGGCGCAAUCACCAUUAUGAAGGCUUAUUACAAGCAGAGCUUGAGCUUUAUCCUUAGCCUCGUUAUCGUCCUCACCACUCAGGUGAUUGGGUAUGGAUGGGCUGGGAUUCUCAGGAGGUACUUGGUCGACCCGGUGGAAAUGUGGUGGCCUUCCAACGUUGCUCAGGUUUCUCUGUUUAGAGCACUCCACGAAAAAGACCAUAAAGCGAAAGGCCUUACCCGGAUGCAGUUUUUCCUCAUUGCCUUGACAGCAAGCUUUCUCUACUAUGCACUCCCUGGCUAUCUUUUCCCCAUCUUGACGUUCUUCUCAUGGGUCUGCUGGGCUUGGCCACACAGUAUCACAGCUCAGCAGAUAGGCUCAGGUUACAAUGGACUUGGUGUUGGUGCCUUCACCCUCGAUUGGGCUGGGAUUUCUGCUUAUCACGGCAGCCCCCUCGUCACGCCAUGGACUUCCAUUCUCAAUGUUGGGGUUGGAUUUGUCAUCUUCAUCUACAUCAUUAUGCCUCUUUGUUACUGGAAGUUUAACACUUUCGAUGCUCAGACGUUCCCUAUAUUUUCCAACAAGCUCUUCACUUCUACUGGGCAUAAAUACGACACUACCAAGAUCUUAACACCCCAGUUUGAUCUUAAUAUUGAUGCCUAUAAUAGUUACGGCAAGCUUUAUCUUAGCCCCCUUUUCGCUUUGUCCAUUGGAUCAGGAUUUGCAAGAUUUACUGCAACCCUCGUUCAUGUGGCACUGUUUCACGGAAGUGCUAUUUUGAAGCAAAGCAAAUCGGCAAUGAAGAAUGCGAAAAUGGAUAUCCAUGAGAAAUUGAUGAAAAAUUACAAACAAGUGCCUGAGUGGUGGUUCCUUGUUUUGUUAACGGUGAGCAUCAUCCUGUCCUUGGUGAUGUCUUUUGUGUGGAAAGAAACUGUGCAGCUGCCAUGGUGGGGUUUGCUGUUUGCCUUUGUCUUGUCUUUUAUCGUAACCCUCCCUGUUGGAGUCAUUCAAGCUACCACUAACCAACAACCUGGAUUUGAUAUCAUAGCACAAUUCAUGAUUGGGUAUGUUCUACCAGGAAAACCAAUUGCAAACUUGCUUUUCAAAAUUUAUGGACGAAUCAGCACUGUCCACGCUCUUUCUUUCCUGUCUGACCUCAAACUUGGGCACUAUAUGAAGAUUCCACCUCGGUGCAUGUACACUGCUCAGCUGGUGGGAACUCUAGUUUCCGGUGUUGUGAACCUUGCAGUUGCAUGGUGGAUGCUGGAAAGCAUCGACAACAUAUGCGAUGUUGAAUCCCAAAAUCCAAACAGCCCGUGGACUUGUCCUAAAUACAGAGUCACCUUCGAUGCUUCUGUUAUAUGGGGUCUGAUUGGACCAAGGCGACUGUUUGGACCUGGAGGAUUGUAUAGGAACUUGGUGUGGCUAUUCCUUGUUGGAGUUUUCUUGCCAGUUCCAAUCUGGGUAAUGAGCAAAAUCUUCCCAGACAAGAAAUGGAUUCCCUUGAUCAACAUGCCAGUCAUCCUUUAUGGCUUUGCGGGGAUGCCACCUGCAACUCCCACUAACAUAGCAAGCUGGCUUAUCACUGGAGGUAUCUUCAACUACUUUGUGUUCAAAUACCACAAGCGCUGGUGGCAGAAAUACAACUACGUCCUGUCUGCAGCGUUGGAUGCUGGUACAGCUUUCAUGGGCGUCCUCCUCUUCUUCGCCUUGCAGAAUCCAAAGCACGAAUUGAAAUGGUGGGGGACUACACUCGAUCAUUGUCCUCUAGCGACAUGCCCCAUUGCACCAGGUAUUCACGUUGACGGAUGUCCAGUUUUUUAAAUAGCCAAAAAAUAGUGGACACCAAGACAUAUAUUUGAAGGAUCAAACCUAACGAGGAGGGAACUCGUCGUAGUUGUGGAGGAAGAGGAGUUUGUACGUACACUCUUAGCAAACGUGUGGAUUUUAGGGUUGGGAGUUGGUUCUAGUUUUUAUUGCUCUCUAGAAUAACCAGAAAUGUAUCAUUCAGAUGAAAUGUAUGGGUGUUAUUGUUAAUUAUAUAAGAAUCAAUUUAAUCUGAAUGAAUGGGUAAUACGUAUGUUUCUGUG